CAGUAUGAACCAGGCGUUUUGUUGUGAUAGUAUUAAAACUGUAUGAAUUUAAAUAGCUAUAUGCUUAUACUUUAAUCGUAGGCUUUGCUAGCAAGCACAUCUGUUUGAAUAAUGCUUUCGUGCACGAUACCGAAGCUGUGUACGUCCUUUGAUGCACUAGCUUCCCAUUCGGUGUGAAUUGUGCAUUGUUUAGACUCUAACCUCAGUGAAUCUCAGGAGAUUAGUCACUGAUAACGGGUACCAGCUCACACAGGAGGGACUCAGAGCAGUGGUAAAAAUCAAAAAAGUCCAAAAUUGGACCAUCCCACCAACAAUGCCCAGCUUUCUGCCCAAAUGAGAGUGCUGGACAGGUAAACGCUGGUGAGACGAGUAACCACUGGACAGAUAGAUAACCACUGGAUAAGUAUAGAUAAUUACUGAACAGAUGGGUAACCGCUGGAGAGAUAGAUAACCACUGGAUAGGUAUAGAUAAUCACUGAACAGAUGGGUAACCGCUGGAGAGAUAGGUACUGUAACCACUGGAGCGGUAUAGAUAAUCACUGAAUAGAUGGGUAACCACUGGAGAGAUAGAUAACCACUGGAUAGGUAUAGAUAAUCACUGAACAGAUGGGUAACCGCUGGAGAGAUAGGUACUGUAACCACUGGAGAGGUAUAGAUAAUCACUGAACAGAUGGGUAACCACUGGAGAGAUAGAUAACCACUGGAUAGGUAUAGAUAAUCACUGAACAGAUGGGUAACCACUGGAUAGGUAUAGAUAAUCACUGAACAGAUGGAUAAGCGCUGGAGAGAUAGGUAACCACUGGAUAGGUAUAGAUAAUCAUUGAACAGAUGGGCAACCACUGGAUAGGUAUAGAUAAUCACUGGAUAGGUAUAGAUAAUCACUUAGCAGAUGGGUAACCGCUGGAGAGAUAGAUAACCACUGGAUAGGUAUAGAUAAUCACUGAACAGAUGGGUAACCGCUGGAGAGAUAGGUAAACAUUGGACCACUGGCAUGGCUGCCUGAACAGGCUACUUCAGGAUGUACAGAGCAAGACUGGGAAGAACUGGAGGAACAAGGACAGAGGGCAGAUAUACAGGGAAACCAGGACCACAUUAAAAACAUAUAUACAAAGAUUCCAGGAAAUGCAUCUUAAAACAUUUUUAAUGGUUAGUUUGUAUUUAAAAUGAGACCAAAUAAUCUCUAUAGGGUUCAAAUCUGGACUCUAACUGUAGGUAAUUUUGGGUUUGGCCCAGGACUGAAUAUUUAUCUCUAAAUGUUGUAUUUGUCAGAAUAUGCACUAUUUGUCUUGAUUUACAUUUACAGGUUCUAGCAGAGGUGUGCUUUGUCACCACUCUUAUGUCCAAUCUGCCUCAUGCGAGUCCUAUGGGACUGAUGCCUGGGCGUAAGGCACACCAUGUCAUCAGUUAGUUGCGUUUCAAUUUCAUUCUUAUAAUUCCUGCAUAACUUUGAAUGACGAAUGAAGUGCUUAAUCUUGGUAGAAUGGCAUGACUUUGCAGUAUGCAGUGAUAACACUGCUGAUUGAUUGUCGUGAAUUUGAUAAAGAUCGCAAAGUCUGUCACUUGCAAAGCAACCGCAGAGCAUGGCUCCGCCCCCUUGAUGUCUGACUGGCAUCCACACAUACCAGUGUGAUGUUUUUAUCCUCGCUGUGGCUAACAAUCCAAAUAUAGACCCAAAUAUUUAAAAUUUCGAUUCAUUAGUCCAUGACACUGACAUCUUUUAACAGACCAAUUUAUACAUUUUGCAAUAAUCAUGUUUUCAGCCAAAUAAAUAACUCAACUUAGGACAGAUAAUGUAAGAAACGUUUUUUGUAAUCUUCACUUUUGCUGUAUUGUUCAGGCAACAAUACUUUGGUACUUCAAACAAAAGGUAGGUUGUAUUGUCUUUUUUUUUGUCUGCGCUGGGUAGGACCACCUGCCUGCAGCUAUUUUCAUUGUCUGCUGCUGGUUCCACACCUUAGAAUCUGAAUGACGACGUAAUCCUGCCAUCACUAUGGAAACUUUGGUCACCAGAAUACCAAGAUUUGAUCCAUAGAUACCAAACAGAGCGUGUGAAGGGACUGUUGCGGGUUGUAAGCAAUAUCUUUACACCUCUAACUCUGCCCCCACAGGUGGUGGAUCAAGUUUCUGCAGGAUGUAUCCCUUGCCAGACAUACCCAGUCAGAGCGGGUUCUGAUUCCUCUGGGUGUGUAUGGGACGUGCCCCCAUGUUGGCCUGGUGUCAGAGUGGAUGCAGGAAGGAUCCCUCCACACCCUUUUGUAUGAGACGCGGCAGUAUCCCGAUCUGCCGCUGCCUCUGACGCUCAGGAUCCUGCUGGACGUGGCUGAGGGACUUUCCCAUCUGCACUCCGUCCAGUUACUACAUCUCGCCCUGAGGCCAAGCAACGUGCUGCUGGACCAGCAGUACCGCGCCAAGGUGUGUGACUGGGGCCAGUGGAAGAAGCAGAGCUCAGGGCCCAGGAACAGACCCUGCUUCAGGGACCUGGUCUACCAGUCACCUGAGGUCUUCUGUGGCGACCCUCCUUCUAAAGAGGCAGAUGUGUACAGUUUCGGCAUCAUGAUGCUGGAGACUUUGAACCGAAGACUUCCUAGUGAAGCAGGUCUCUGGAGCCCAGCAGGCCUGCAGAUCCAUGUUGGCCGUCAGGCACAAAGCGCCGUGAUGCCCACAAACCAGGCGCUCAGCCAUCUGAUACUCCGCUGCUGCAGCAUUGCCCCCCACAGCCGCCCGUCAGCUGCAGAAUGCACAGAGGAACUGAAAACGGCACUGGAAGCCUUCGAUUCUGAAGCGUUGAACAAGGCAGUGCUCCAGUUAAAAGAAUGCAAGGAGAGGGCAGUGCUCGGCUGUAAAGAGCAACAAGCCUUCGAAAUGAAGGUGGAGAUCAGCAAUUUGGAUAUGUACGGUGGCUGUAGGCAUCCAAAAAGCGCUUGUACCAAGACGCUGCCGCUGGAUCCCAUCCAAGGACUCACUCCAGCUCCACAGAUUCCCAAUAACCUUGACACAUCCCGGCAAAGCUCCUCCCCCUCCUCUUCCUCAACUUCGUCCGGAAAGGCCAAUGUUUCUGGGAGCAUGAACGGCAAUCCGAGCCCCCCAAUUCGGCUUCGGAGCCACACUGCGCCAGAGCCCCUCCCACAGAGCAGGGCAGACAAGAUGGGUCUCAGACGGAGCUCCUCCCCCUUUCCUCCGUCUGCCUGCUCUCCCACCUCUAACCCCACCACAGGGCUCAGACAUCACUGUGAGGCUGGCGUGUCGGGAAAUCACUGCUGCCAGAUCCUGCGGGAGAGACGCGAGGACAUCGUGCAGAGAAUGACAGAAGGCCGUCUGAAUCACCUGCUGGACGUGCUGCGCUCACGCCGUGCCCUUGGCCGCGAGGAGUACGAGCUGAUCACGGCGGCACUGACGUUGGCGGGCCGCACACGCUCAUUACUGGACACCUGUCUCUGCCUUGGGGAGCAUGUGGCUGUUUUGGUGGUCUCCACCCUGGGGCUGGUCUCCGCUGCAAACUCCCCCAGCCCCUCCCACGUCAUACACUGAAAGGGCGCAGCCAGCCCCCAGAUUCCCAGCGUCCUUGGCUUAGUUAGAGUUUAUGUCCCCAUUGUAGCAAUACUACAAGGUUUAUUGCUACUUAUUUAUUAGACCAUACAUAAUACAUACAGUAGUUUUCAUAAAACUGCAAAUCAGAAUCAUUUUUGUUAUUUUAGUCCAGCACAGAAAUUUAUGUUGUUAUUGCUUAGUGUUCAUAUUACAUUACUGUUAAAGGUUCAGAUGAUUAGAUUAGAUCUUUUUUUUCUGGUUUUCAUGUAGUCUUCGGUCAUCAUGGUUUAGUGACCAUUUGAGGCCUUUGAGAGAACUUUGCAGUUUAAUUGAUAAUGGCACCUGAUCCAGAACCAAAAAUACAGACAAAGUACUUAGUGCAUUUAUCAUUGAUUUUGUUGAAUAUAUUGUUCAGUAAUUUCUUACUCGGUAUCUUGUAUCAAGAAUAAUGUGACAUGAUGUCCGUUGCAUUCCACCUGGUUUGAAUAAAAGCUUACUGUAGCUCA